GUACCUCUCAAACGGUUUUCGUCGUUUUUUUCCGCUGAUAAUCGUCGCAGACCGCAGUGACAUUCUGUAAACGAUACGCGCCGCACAUCGCGGCUCUCCGAAGUGUCGUAGCCUGUAGGCGACCGUGCUAGUGUCGCACAGUCGCAGUCGCAUUUGUCGCAAUCGGUUCGCCGUCUGCGCGAUCUGAGGCCACAAUACGACCUGCGUCGCAGUUGUCUGCGGUUUUCGCGCGAACGUCCGUCUGGAGAGGAUCACACCGGUCGGCGAGAACACGAGAGCACGUCUACCUUAUGCCGUGGUCAAUUCGGCUGGUUUGUCGCUCAGCACAGAUAUUAUAGGUUCUAACUAUGGAUAACACUUGUACAUAUUGUCAGGAUGUCAUAGACAGUUUAACUGUAAUAUGCUUGGAAUGUUCAUACUUUCAAUUAUGUUUGGCCUGUUAUAGUCAUGGAGCAGAAAUUGGAGAGCAUAAAAAUAACCAUGGAUACAAGUUAAAAGGUCAAAAAUCACCUGGGCAGUAUUUAGUUACAACGGACGGAUGGACUGGUGAUGAGCUCAUGCAAAUUUUAGACUUUGCUGAGCAAUAUUCUUUUGGAUGUUGGGAUGAGUUACCAAAACACAUAUUAAAUCGAACUCCAUCAGAAAUCAAAUUUCAAUUUGCUAAAUAUUUCUUGGAUGGUACGAUUGGAAGGCUAACAUGGGGUACAAUAAAUAAACCACAAUUAGAAGAUCGUACUGUUAAUUUCAAACUAAAUGAAAGUGUUACUCAUUUAUCUGGAUUAUCUAAAGCUCAGUAUGCUGAAAUUGGAUACAAUCCAAUAAGAGACGAAUUUGAGUUGGAAAAUGAUUUUGACAAUAAUGCAGAGGCAGUUUUAAGUAUUACAUCAGAAUGGAAUGAUUUUGGAGAUGAUUAUAAUCUUGCGUGUAUCGAUAUGUAUUGUGCACGGUUAUAUGAACGUGAAUAUGCCAAAGAAGUUGUUCACGAUUAUCAAUUGAUGGAUAAAUAUUUUUUCUCUAAAGAUAAACCCAAGCGUAGACUAACACCAGAAGAAAGAAGUAUAAUAAGCAUUGAAAAUCAAAUAAAAAAAUUCAGUCGAUAUUUAACGGAAGUUGAAUUGUGGUCAUUAAAUAUACGGCUGCAACAAGAAUAUCUGCUAAAAAAACGGCGUGAAGAAUUUAUCUAUUACAGAAAAAAUGGAAUUACAAAAAUAUACGACAUUGUAAAAUUUAAUCUUUUACAUUAUAGCAUGGUCAUAGAUGAACAAUCCGAACAAUCAUCUUCUGAUGUUCUAACUCCGGCACCCAUCAAACGUGGUGAAAAGAAAAGGAAAAAACGAAAACGACCAAAAUUAUUCCAUAAGAAAAAUCAUGUUUAUCAUCGUACACCUCAAUACAUUGCUGCUCUCAAUAGAGUAUUGACUCAAAAUAAUGAAACUGAAGAUAAUUCUGAUUAAUAUUAAGGUUCUAAGUUACCUACUAGUAAUAACAAUAAUAGUAUGUGAAUAAAAAUUGAAAGAAAGAUAUCUUUAAAAUUGUGUUCAAUAAUUAUUAAUUAAUUAAUAUGACUGAUAAAAGUUAUAAAACUUCAAGUAUGAUCAAAUCCUGAUUAUACAUUUAAAAUAUAUAUGAUGUUGUACAUAAGUAAAUAUAACAAAAGAUAAUUUUCACUUUUUGCAUAUUAAAAAAAUAUAUUUGUUGAAUUUUAGUAAAUGACAGUAUUAUUUAAACUCGAAUUUAAAUAUAUUUUUGAAUUUGGUUUCUAUUGAUAAAUUAUUUAUACUAUACAAAAUAUAUAUUUUUUUUUUUAUGUACAAUUAAUUGCAAUAACCCUAAAUAUGUUGAUAUUGUAUGUAAGUGCAAAGUAUACUGAAGUAUAAAAUAUUUCAUUGAACGCAAACAUUUGUAUAAAUUUAAUA